AUGUUUUUCUCUUUUGAAAAACUGAAUCAAAUAGUGAAAGAUCCUAAGAAAGAUGUAGACGGAAAGCCGAUAAAAUUCAAAGAAAUUGCGUAUUUUAAAUAUGAUAAAAGCAAUGAGGCAUUUUCGUUUGAAUUCAAACCAGUCUUAGAUGCUUCAUAUCCAUUCAUAAAAUGUGUUUCUGGGUCGCGUGCCUCUGGGCGACCAUCAGACUCGUUACUCGCUACAAAACUCAUUCACACCACUUCACGGUACCUCAGUUCCGAUAAAAACAGAAAAAUGGAAACAUCUGCAGACCCUUUUGGAUUAUAUACCUCCAGUUUAUCAUGA